UGUUUCACGUGGUCGAAAACAUUUAAAAAUAAAUAUUUGAUUUUGUCUAGUUUUACCAAGUUUCAUUUUACAGUAAAUAUAUUUUAAUCUCAUUAAACCUUUGAAAUUAAAAUUUAAUUGUUUUCAAUUAUUCUAAUCAUUUUAACUUAUAAUAUUAAAGUUGGAAAAACUUUCGAGUUAGUUUGACAUUUCAAUGUGACAGUUUGAAAUUUUUUUUGAAAAUGCGUUACGGUCAACUUGUUAUUGGUCCUGCAGGCUGUGGCAAGUCUACGUAUUGUUCGGCUUUGGUGCAACAUGCUGCGGAUACAAAUCGUAUAAUUGAAGUCGUUAACUUAGAUCCAGCAGCAGAACAUUUCGAUUAUGAACCAUUAGCAGAUAUUAGAGAUUUAAUUCAUUUAGAUGAUGCUAUGGAUGAUGAAGAAUUGAAAUUUGGUCCCAAUGGAGGUUUAGUAUUUUGUUUAGAAUAUUUAGUUGAUAAUUGUGAUUGGCUACAAGAACAACUAGGUGAUGGAGACGAUGAUUAUAUCCUAUUUGAUUGUCCUGGACAAAUUGAAUUGUAUACACAUCUAACAACAAUCCGUAAAUUAGUAGAUACUUUACAAAAUUGGAAUUUUCGAAUAUGUUCAGUUUACAUUGCCGAUGUACAAUUUAUGACUGAUGGUCCAAAAUUUUUAUCGGGUACAAUGGCUGCUUUAAGUAUGAUGGUUAAUUUAGAAUUACCACAUGUAAAUGUACUUAGUAAAAUGGAUUUGUUAAGUAAAACUGCAAAAUCACAAAUGGAAAGAUUUUUGGAACCAGAUCCACACAGUUUGCUUGCUGAUUUAGAAACAACGAAUUAUGCAUGGAAUAAAAAAUAUAAAGCUUUAACCGAAGCACUUGGUUCAUUAAUAUUAGAUUUUAGUUUAGUACGUUUUUAUCCGUUAAAUAUAAAAAAAGAAGGUAACAUAGCAGACAUUUUAUUAACGAUUGAUAAUGCAAUUCAAUAUGGUGAAGAUGCUGAUGUGAAGACAAAAGAUUUUGAAAUGCCCGACGAGGAAGAGGAGGCUAAGGAUUACACACAAGAUGGUUAAAAUUUUAUUUGUUUUUGUAAAAAAAUUUUU